UCCUCAAUAAAUUACAAUUACGAAACCCACAAUUGAAUUUAACCAAAAAAAAAAACAGAACAGAAGAGAUCACUCUGUUUCUCCCAGUUUCUCUCUGUUCCUGUUCUUGUGAAAGACAUGUUUUGUUGGCGAACACUUCACUCUUUUCUGUUCCUAUGUCUGGUUCUCCAUUGCACUGGAGAAUUCGCACUUGAUGAUUCUGAUGAAGCUCCAAUGGCGAAAACAGAGCGUGAAGCUUUGUACUCUGCAAUUCAGGGCUUUGUUGGUGAUUCAUCAUGGAAUGGCUCUGAUCUCUAUCCCGACCCUUGCGGCUGGACUCCUAUUCAGGGUGUUUCUUGUGACGUCUUUGAUGGUUUGUGGUAUGUCACUGACUUAACCCUAGGGCUUGUUCAUGAAAAUUCGCUUGCUUGCGUCACAAGUCUGGAGAUAAAGCCGCAGUUAUUUUCCCUCAGGCACUUGAAAUCCCUCACAUUCUUCAACUGUUUCACCUCACCCAUCAAGAUCACUGGAGAGGAUUGGUUAAGCUUUGAAUCAAGCUUGGAAUCGCUCGAGUUCAGAUCCAAUCCCGGUCUGGUUGGAGAACUUCCUGAAACAAUUGGCAAUCUCAAAAAGCUGCAGUCUUUGGUGGUUCUUGGAAAUGGGUUCAGGGGGAAAUUACAGAGUAGCAUCUGCAACUUAACGAGAUUAAAGCGGUUGGUUUUGGCAGGAAAUUCGUUCACGGGUACGAUCCCAGACUGUUUUCAUGGACAGAAAGAGCUACUGAUCUUGGAUUUGAGCCGCAACUAUUUCUCAGGGCCGUUGCCUUCUUUUGGGGAACUUGGCUCAUUGCUUAAGCUUGAUCUCAGCAAUAACUUGUUAGAAGGAAAGCUACCAAAAGAAAUAGGGUUUUUGAAGAACCUUACCCUUCUGGAUCUAAGGAACAACAAAUUCUCAGGUGGGUUAUCACGAAGCGUUGAAAAGAUGCAAUCUUUGACAGAACUUGUGUUGGCAAAGAACCCGAUUGGUGGGGACUUGAUGGGAAUAAAGUGGGCAAAGAUGGAUAAUUUGGUCAUUUUGGAUAUUUCAAACAUGGGUUUGAAAGGAGAGAUUCCCACUGCCCUAACCAAUCUGAAAAGAUUGAGGUUUCUUGGUCUGAACGACAACAAUCUCACAGGCAAUGUCCCAUCAAAGCUUGAAACUUUACCUUGUCUUGGCGCCCUGUACAUCAAUGGUAACAACCUAACAGGAAAGCUUGAGUUUUCUAGAAUGUUCUAUGAGAAAAUGGGCAGAAGAUUCGGUGCUUCUAGAAACCCUAAUCUGUGUUAUCCAUUGGAGAUCAUGUCAGCAUCUCAGCAACAUGUUCCUGUUGGGGUGAAGCCAUGCACGGGCACGAUGACGAGACCAGAGGGUAACUUGGUAAUUCAACAAGACUCCAGAAACUUAAUUUGGAACCAGAGAUUCAGUUCCAAGGCUGUCUUUUUGCAUGUGAUCGAUGGUUUCAUGUGGGUAUGGUUAUUGAUGGUCAUAUCUAUUAUUGUAUUAUAAUAAUGAAAAUCUAUGACCAAUAGGGUUCUAGCUAGUGAAUAUAUUUUGAUGUGGAUUGCUUAGACAAGAAUAUCAAUUCCUUUGGGAUGUAACAACUUUGAUUUCCUCUACUCUAUAUAUA